AUGCGAAGAAGUGAGCAAGGCAAGAAGGAACGCGACGAUGAAGCAGCAGAACAACUGGAAGUAUCGAAGCGAAGAAGACAGGCAUGCAUGAUAAGGUGCUUGGAGACGCCGACGAUGGAGAACAUCGUUAGUUCGGUGAAGAGCAUGGCGCUGGAAGUGAGCCAGUACCUGACGCCCGUGCUGCGUGAAUCGAAGUUCAAGGAAACCGGCGUGUUAACACCCCAAGAAUUCAUUGUGGCCGGCGAUCAUCUC